CUCCCUCCCUCGCUGGCGGCCGGGAGCCCCCGGCGGGGUGACAGCCCUGCCGAGCGCAGCCGCUCCGGCCGGGGCUGCGGAGCAGCGCCCGCGCCCGCCUCGGCCCGCUCGCUGCCGGGACGCAGCGGGGCCGUCCCGCGCCCGCCAUGUGGAAGCUCAACAAGAGCAGCAAAGUUCUGCUGGACGACUCGCCCGAGGAGGAGGAGACGCGUCCCCGCGGGCCGCCGCCCGCCGCCGCCUUCGCGGCCCCCCAGAAUAAAGACCAGUUGCUUCAUGACGAAGUUUCAUCUUCAGUGUCACAUCUUGCAACAAAGGUCCAAGGUGCAAGUUUCCGGGGUUGGAAGGAAGUGACAUCUAUGUUCAAUAAAGAUGAUGAACAGCAGUUGCUAGCAGGAUGCAAGUCUCCAAAAUCCAAAGGAACAAACCUAAAAUUAAAAGAAGAGAUGAAGUCUGAAAAGAAGCCAGGUUUUUGGGACAGUUUGGUGAUAAAGCAGAAUGUUCCAUCUAGGAAACCAGAUGAGAUUGAGGGAUGGGAACCACCACAGAUCACCACUGCUGACUCUACCAGUGGUGCAGCAACUCCUUUAAGUGACUAUACAGCCUGGUCAGGCUGGGAAGAUGAAACCAAAGGCUCCACAAAAUACACAAACCUGGCCAGCUCAGGAAACAGUUCCAGGUGGAGUAUCAAAUCAGCUGGAAAGCUGGUUAGUAUUAGACGUCAGAGCAAAGGUAAUCUUACUGACAACUGGGAAGAACUAGAAUGAUACUGGUAAUGUGAAAUACUUUAUACGUAAGAAGAGAACAGUUCCAUGAUUUACUCACUUGUUUAAACCAAAAUCAAAUCUGCUCAAUAUUGCACCUUUAUACAGUACUUUGUUUUAUUCAGAUUGUUACAAAUUUUUGCUCACCUGAUAGAAAAUUUUCUUAUUACAUUGUUAAUAGUUAUGUUUUCCACACUGAAAAAAAAAGUAGAGAAUCUAUUUUGUGCCUAUACUUCACAUUCAGACUCUGCAGUAUGUCAGAUUGUUGGUUUUACCAAAAAAAAAAAAGUAAUUCCUUAGUGAAUGUAUACACUGGUUGUAAAUUUGACUGCCUUAUGAAGGAACUUCCAGUAGCUUGAGGUCCUGCUUCUUUUCUGGUAUUUGAGGGCAAAAUUUUAGUUUUGAUGCUGUCCCUUUUAAGCUAAGAAUACUGAUAAGUUGCUUGUAGGAAGAGUGCUCGUACUCAGUACUGUUUUCCAAAUCUUCAGCCUCAGCAUAUGCUUCAGCUUGUGCAUACAAGAUGCUUACUGCCACAUUGGGCUGUACUUUGUGUGACAUGGGAAAAAACCAUUCUAGUGCAAUUCCUUCCAUUGCAAGAUUGUCACCAGCACUUGGGUAAAAUGGGUCUUGCAGAGUUGGGGUCUUUUUGUGUUUUGGAUUCUUUUUUUCCUAUGUGGGGUUUUGGUUGGGGUGGGGUUUUUUGUUUUUUUUUGGUUGGUUUGUUUGUUUGUUUUGGUUGUAUUUUUGGGUGGGUUUUUUUUUUGUGUGUGUGUGGUGGUUUUUUUUAUGGUUUUUGUUGUUGUUGUUUUGUUUUUGGGUUUUUUGGGGUUUUUUUUCUGUUUUGUUUUGUUUUUUGGUUUCGGGGUUUUUUUUGUUGUUGGUUUGGUUUGGUUUGGUUUUUUUUUUGGUUGUUGGUUUUUGUUUUAUUUUGGUUUUGAUUGGUUUUUGGUUUUUUGAAUAUUGAACUUUUUUUGACAAAGAUAAGCUUCUCAAUUUUUAAGAUGCAUCUUAUGCCAAAAAUAGAAGUGAUUGAAAAUUUGGAAAACAGCACUGAGCAAAGUGUAAGAUGAUCUCAAUAUUCUGAGGGAAUAUUGAAUCUGGAUAUAGGAAUAAGUUACUUCUUAGGAAAGGGCAUAUGUUUUCGUUUCUUUACAAUAGCUGAUCCUUGUUCUACAAACAACUUUUUUGGUUUUGACUGUGUUUCCUUUCUUCCCACUGCAUAAGCAAUGAUUGAAUUAUACUCUGGCAUUUUCAGGGUAGCUGAGUAACUGAGCCAUUGCAAAUAUGUGCAUGCACACAAUUUCUGAAGCAUUUUUGUUGAAAAGUUCCAUCUUAUUAGCUACUGAUACUUUAAUUGUUUGGUAAAAGAAGGUGAAACAUUAAACUUGAGAUUUGAAAUGUAUAUAUGCCUAAUAAAAGUGCCUCUUUUUAGCAUAUUCUCACUAGUGGUGCAGCUGAUGUCAGAUCCAAAGUUAGUUUCUAUUUUGUUUAUGUGAUCCACACAAAGACUACUUUAACAUUCAUGAAUGAAAAUCAAACCAAAAGUUUCAUAAGAAGUGAACAGUAGGCCUUUUCUCUCCUGAUUGUUAAGCUGGAGUAACAGAACUGAAAUUUGACUGUCUAGCAAUAUGGCCAGUGUGUCAGAAGAUGAAGCUAGCAGGUUAGAGAAAAACAGCAUUUUUACAAGUAUGGACAGACCUUUAUACUACAGAUGUCUUGUAAACAUAUUUUUGGAAGACGCUUAUGCUGAUGAAAAGGGAUGCAUGCAAUUUUUUUCUAAGCUUGUUUCUGUUACUGCUCCAUCACUCUUCCCUUAGCUCUCUCUUUCUCCUUUCUCCCCCAAUCCAUGUAUAGUUUUCUGGCUUGCAGUUCCUGCAUAGCUCUUUUUUGGAGAUUCCUGCUGAGAUGUGCCUGGAGGGAAACUGCAGCAAAAUGGUUUCAGUUGGUUGGGUUUUUUUUUUUUUUCCUAAUACUGAUUGGAUGCUAAAAGACAUUGCUCUUAAGUUUACAAAAAGGAACGGUGAUGUUUUGUGCUACAAAACAGAAUCUUGCAACUGGCAAAUGUACUUGUAAAAAUUGCAUUAGAUAUUAAAAAAUAUUAAUAGGGGAGGAAAGGUUAGCAUUUAUAUUGCAUUGUUAGUCUGUGAGUAACCUGUUUUUGCCUUGGACAAGUAUGUAUGCUGAGGUUAAUUAUAGGAAAGAAUUAGUAUUCUUGGGUAAAGUAUGCUGCAUUUUAUAGUUUAUGGAAUACCUUCUAAGGCAUGAGCUAAUAUUUAAUUUGGUUGUUGGUGCUGAUCUGAAAAAACAGAAAAAGCUCUGUUAGCAGCCCUUAAUAUUUUGCUCUCAAAGAUGGACUGAGAACUUUUAAUUUCACUCCUGAAGAAACUAUUUAUACUGUGACCAGUAAGGGUUUUGCCUUGCACAUUAUACUGUCAAGUGCCUGUUUCUCACCUUGAUGAUGUGUUUGAUGCACAGCUUAACUGCAACCUUUUUCAAUUUGUUUUUAGAUGUAUGAUAAGGAAUAUGCUCACAAAUCUGAAGUCUAUUAUAAAACAAAAGUGGGAAAUUGAGAUAUGUAAAAUUCCAGUUUCACUCCUAGUGAUGAAAGUUUUGAUGUGCUUUUUAAGUGGUAUUUCCUCAGAAAUAACCAUUUUAAGGAUCAACAUUAUUAAAUUUAAUAUAAUUUAUUGUUAUGUUUUAAUAAUGUAUUUGUCUGUUAUAAACAUGAGAAUUUUCCUUCUCAUGUUUAUAAAUGUGUCUGAAUUUUCAGGAUGGGGUCCUUUCAUCUUUUACUUUUGUUAGAUGCUUAACUACAUUAAAUGUUAUAAGCUUAAGCUAUACACAGCUCCAUAUGUGGAAUAAGUGUAGAAAAUGUCCCUUAAUAUUUGUUUUGAAAUUGCAUUUCAAUCUAUGUGAAAUGUUUUAGAAGAAGGUAGCAUUAAGAUUGUAUGAUAAGAUUGCACAAAAUAAAAUAUAGUUUAUAUUGCUUUCUCGUAGCCAAUCUGCAUGAUUGUUGGCGUGGUUUUAAUGGGAAUUAAAAGCUUUCUGUGGCUGUUACUGGUCACUUAGCUCUGAGCAAAGUUCUUUCCGAGUAUUUUUAUUUAUUAGCAUCAUUUGCAAAAAGAAAAGUAGUAUUUUCCAUAUGAAUAAAGAUUUAGUUUGAACUGAAAUGCUUUAUUCUUUGA